GCUUAGUCUCCCCAGGAGACACAGGAUAUCAGCAUGACAGUGCAACAUCUACACUAGAGCCACAAUUGUACGAUUAUAUGUGCAAAAAGGGGCGAGAGACUUUGAAAGAGAGGGAGAGGUGAGUUAGUUAGCAGUAGGAGAGAAGUUAAGUAGGAGAAAUGGACGGUUAAACAGAAAGAGAAAAUUCAGCAGAGGAACUGUAGGAGUGACGGCAGAGAUGCGCGUGGGGAUAAAGUGGGUUUGUCGGAGGAGCUGAGCCGUGCAGCUCACACACAUACACACACACUUUCAAAUCUCAGGACUCCCAAGGAUGGAGGAGAGAAUGAAGAAACACUCGGCUAGAGUGGCUCCUCUCAGCUCUUACAGCAAUCAGGUGCUCACCUGCCCCAUUUCUGAAGGAGAGGAUGGCUCUGAAUCACAUGCAGAGACUCCAGUCAGUGAAACAAGUGGAGAUGGCACUGCAUAUCAGACCUGCGUCAACAUGGUGCUCAAGGUGCUGGGAGGCCUCCUGGUGGUCCUGUGCAUUUCCUCGUCCUGGGUGGGCACCACACAGGUGGUCCAGGUCACAUUCAAGUCCUUUUCCUGUCCCUUUUUCAUCACCUGGUUCAGCACCAACUGGAACAUCCUCUUCUUCCCCCUCUACUACUCUGGGCACGUGGCCACCACCAGAGAGAAGCAGACACCCAUUCAGAAAUUCAGGGAAAGUAGUCGCUUGUUUGGGGAGGAGGGAAUGUCUUUGAGGGUGUUUCUGAAGAGAACAGCACCUUUCUCCAUCUUGUGGACACUGACAAACUAUCUGUACCUGUUGGCAUUGAGAAAACUAACUGCCACGGAUGUCUCAGCACUCUACUGCUGCCACAAGGCUUUCGUCUUCCUCCUGUCGUGGAUCGUCCUUAAAGAUCGUUUCAUGGGUGUGCGGAUUGUGGCUGCCAUUAUGGCCAUCACGGGUAUUGUCAUGAUGGCUUAUGCUGAUGGUUUCCAUGGAGAUUCCUUUAUGGGUGUGGCCUUUGCAGUUGGCUCCGCCUCCACCUCAGCUCUCUACAAGGUGCUGUUUAAGAUGUUCCUCGGCAGUGCCAAUCUGGGAGAGGUGGCAAAUUUCUUCUCCACGAUGGGCUUCUUCAACCUCAUCUUCAUCUCCUGUGUUCCCCUCAUCCUCUACUUCACCAGAGUGGAGCACUGGGGUUCCCUCUCGUCCUUGCCCUGGGGUUACAUGUGCGGAGUGGCUGGCCUUUGGCUAGUAUUUAACAUUCUGGUCAAUGUUGGAGUGGUGCUCACGUAUCCUAUUCUCAUAUCUAUUGGGACGUUACUCAGUGUUCCAGGCAAUGCAGCCAUUGACGUGUUGAAGCAUGAGGUGAUCUUCAGCGUAGUGCGUCUGGCUGCCACCUGCAUCAUCUGCCUGGGCUUCCUGCUGCUGCUGCUCCCUGAAGAGUGGGACACGGUCACCCUGCGCUUUCUCGCCACACUGGCUGACAAAAAAACGGAGGAGCAUGGUGAGGAGCUCACCGAGUCCAGCAUCCACACACGCAGCCGGAGUAGAGCCAACGGAGCCGUAUCAAUCCCUUUGGCAUGACCUUUAACCUGGGAAUGAGUAGCCAGUGUCAAUACAGAUCCAGCAUGCAGCAGCAUUUGAGCAAAGAGAAAGGUCUGGUUAUAUUUAAGGUUUUGGAAAGAGGUGGAAGGGGUAUUAAAGACAAACAGCAAAGUGGAGAGGAAUGAUGGUAUUUUCUUUAACAAUAACCACAUCAGCCAAUCAGAACAGAUGUCAAAAGAGACAAGAACAUGCUGUUAUUGGCCUCCACUUUAAUGGAGAUAACAGUUAAGGAUUUUAUUGAGUGUUCCGAGAAAAACCGAGAAAAACGUUCCGUUCUUUUAAAGAAAUAGUUCACCCAAAGAUGAAAAUUCUGUCAUUAUUUACUUACCCUCAUGUUGUUCCAAACCCAUUUGCCGUUAUUUAUUUCUGUGAAACACAAAACUAGACAUUUUUUUAAAGAAUCUUCAUGCAGUUCUUGCCAUACAACAACAAUUCGUAGUGACCAUGUCUGUCAAGCUCCAAAAAGGAUAAAAAAAAACCUCCAGACUGAAUUUUAAGUAGUUAUUGACUCAUUAUCUUCACUUCCGCCAAAGCUUCAUUGUCUACGUCCAGAUUAAAAAAUGGUGAGUCAACAUCAUUGAUGGCAAAGUGGCAUUGGAUCUCAAGUUUAGUAACCGAACAUGAUAAUAAAGUAAGUAAAUAAAAGCAAAGAUAAUAAAGUGAAUAACAACUUCAGUUAUGGUCCUUUCCUCACACCAAGCUAUUGUAUGUCUUCAGAAGACUUGGAAUAUAGCGCAUGAGUCAUAUGGAAUACUUGUAUGGUCAUUUUUGGAGUUUGACAGCCAUGGUCACUGUGAUCUGUUAUUGUAUGGCAAGAGCAGCAUAAAAAAAUUAUCCUUUUGUGUUCAAUAGAAAAAAAAUGAAAGACUUUGGAAAGACCUGAGGGUGAACUAUUCCUUUAAAACGGGUAUUUAUUGACAGUAUUUAAUUUUUUUACAGAAGGUAUUUAGUAUUUUCUUCCCUAAGUGAGGGCCUAACAUUUCUAUGGGGAGAUUAAUCCAGUACAUAGAAAUGAAUGGACUUUCAGACUAUCUCUCUCUGCACGCACACCCUGCACCCCUCAGCCAGCCCUCCCCAUGGACUGUAUUCUGUGAAUAUAGACCCAGUCAGGGCCAGUUUGGCUCACUGUACACAUGAAUGCAUCCAGAGAUCGGAUAUAU